CCACGCGGCCGAUAGCUGCGCCAAGUACUGGUGGUUUAAUAUCGCAAGAAGCAUCCAAACACGCGGCGCUUUUCUUUGUCAGAAGCUUGUUGAUAGAUUGAAGUGGUCAGCAACCCAUCAGCAGAUCGAAGAUUCGAAUUCGAGCCCUUCGGAAGAGACGAUAACAUAGCUUUGACACAACCAGAUGUCACCUUAAGGCCGAUAACGGAACAAUCAAGAUAUAAAGGGGCAGAUCGGCCUUCGCCGCGUGAUGUCCUUGUGUUUGGGAACACAGUAGGCCUCAACAAACUUACCCUGACUCUUCCAUGCACCGGCGACGAAGAAACCCAAAGCGGUGAACAUGACGCAGUGCUUCUUCCUCGAGUACGACGAGGACGGCAAAAAGAGAAAGGACCCGCCUAGGGUGGUCAUUGACGUCAUGCAGAUUCUUCCGAUUCCGGUGGGAGAGAUCACCUUCAACCAGCGAGCGUUGAACCCGGCCAUCGUCGCAGGCAUCGAAGCGGCAAUUGAAGCAUCAACUCGCCCACAGUCCGUGGAUGAUCCGGCUCCGUGGGAUCCACCGGAGUUGGUGCUGGCUCCGAUUAAUCCAUCAAAGGACGCGGACGAACAAGGAACCCGCGUUCUUCCAGAGGAUUUCGACCCCGAACGGGCAGAUGAGUUUUUCUAUUACCCGGUUGCCGGUCAACAUUCUUCUGAAGCUAUGAAAAGAGCGGUGACGAAGAACUCUGCAGCGGUGGAGGUGUUCGGAUUUCGAAAUUAUGAUCGUGUACGGAUCAUUUAUUUUGACGAUGACCAUACGAACGGGUACCAUUAUGUUUCCACAUAUGACAACACGCGAGGUGACCGUGCUAUGUUGCCAUCGUUCCACCAAGCCUGCGUGGACAUCAGAGGAUUUUGGGACAACAAGAAACGGAUCGGGCCUGUGGGGAACGUGUCCAAAGGGGAUCCCAAAGGCUUGGAGCACCAAAAAACAUGGAGGGAAUUUUUGAGGUCGUGCAUCGGAAAGUCGUGUAAGAAAGCAUUGUGGACCGAGUGUAUCUCUGGGAAGUGGCAGCAGGACUGGACGAACAGAAUGAGGGGGUACAUGAAUGUCGCCACAUGCAAGGACCCGGUAUGGAUACUGGUUAAGGAGUUUUUUGAGAAGUAUGAGGCGGGGGAGUUGCCGCUUCACGACAACAAAUGCCCAAAGGACUUGCCCGGAAAGCAGGCAGGCCGGGUGCCGGGCCAAUACACUGAAGAAGUGCAGGGGAAGAAGGAACUGUUCCAUUGCAUAGCGGCUAAGGACAGGGGACCAAACGCUACCGUGUCCUUCAAAGAUCUCAUUCCAUCAAACUUCAAAUGUUUUGGAGAUAUGACGAGGCGAGAGAAGGAAAUUGCAUUGGGGUUGAUGAUAGAUAAGAAGGUCAUCGCCACUACCCGACUGGUUCCUCCAGGGAAGUUGAACAUGAGCAACCUCCUCGACAUCAUGCAACGGGAAAAAUACAUGAUGCGUCUGUUCAACUACAUCGUCUUCAAAUCAGAAAACAAAGAGGGGAAAGAAUGGAAGGACGGGAACUUUAUCGACUACGAAGGGUUGGAGAAAAGGUUCGGUGUGAAGGCAGCCGAAUGGGAUGAGGAGAGGGAUAGAAUCCCUUUGGAAUAUGUCAGGAGGAUUCCUAAAAGACUCGGCGGAGAGCAAGAGGAAAAAGGCCUGAAAGGAGCUGGCCUGAAGGCCACCGUGGCGUUGUAUAGGGACGCACCUUUCCACUUCAAGUACUUCGUGUACCAUGCGAUUGGGAGAGUGGACUUGCUGACAGCAGAGUUGCGGCGGUUGAAGAACGCUGCCCUUAAUCUUWGCUGGGAGAAGAAACAGCRAYGGUCGACAUUGCUACCRGUCAACAUGCAACCGAAGGAGUUGCUGCCUGCAGGCGACGAAAUUGUGACURCGGYCACGAACUUGAAUUGCAAGGCGGCCAUCYUGGAUCUCGCCAACCCGAARRACUGCYUUGUAUGGACGCCAWCCGAUUUCGAUGCUCUGCGCAAAAUGAUGACRAAAUUGUGCGGUAAUAAUUGGAUUSUGAUUGUAUUUGYUCYGCAAAAACAGCACAAGGYCGUCAUGAAGCAACUUUACARCUGGRAYGAUGCAGAGGUGCUACUCGGGACUUGGAAGCGUUAUCUCGCRUUCGGAACGRCUGUCAGCAASUAUGGAAACUGGCAAGUCGAUUAUAAGGACACGAUGGCGGUCGUCCUGCAUGCUGAGGGGGGCGAGCUCAGGAAGGUAACGAGGGCUCCUAAAUCGGAGGCAGAGAUAGUGGAGCUGAACGUUGAUGAGGAGCAAUUCAAGAGAUGCACAGCAAAGCACGGUGGCGAGGAAGGAAACGAACGAGAGGUGUAUGGGCGGUGGGAACGACAUCCUAAACGGUCGCAGAAGUUGUGCAAUUCGUUUCUGCACGAGGACCAAGGGGUGAUUCUUAUUGGAAAGUGUUGCCUCUGUAUAUAUACCUUCCGCAGCCAGAUGGAGUACCGGUCGGCAACAGAUCCCUGUGCAGGCAAUGGUGGGGGAUUCCAGACCCAGGACAUGCGACAGCAAGAAUCUGUCCACUACUCCUCGCCUUCGCCGGCGAGUAUGCAGUCCUUGAGCGGGCAGAUGGAGGAGGUUGUGCGUGCGGGGACGAUUCAAGUGCCUCCUGCUCGUGUGCCCUCUCCAUUUGUCCAUCAUGCGGAAGCUGCACGUCGGCGGUUCGUUGUUCGACCCACUGCAGAAAGUUUGCACGUGAGCCCUGUGCACACGGGCCAGACGUCGUUUUGCACACAGGUUGGAGGCGGGUAUGGCAUGCCUUCUCCGCACAUGUUCCCGUACGACAGUGGAUAUGGCAUUGCUCCGCACGUGUACCCCACCCAACCCACUAUGGAAAGGGGCGGAGUGAUGAGGGACGAGUGGCAGUGGUCCCCACAGUGCCGACAACCGUCACAGCCCAUGCAUGGCGGGUUGUCCGCUCCCUCGCCCAUGUCGGUGACGCGGUCAGUUGUCGAGCCCUCACCUUCGAUGGCAGAUGUGCAAGGAGAGGAUAUGGAUGAGGGGUGGCCUGUCCACAGUGCAACUUCAUCGCCUGCCGGCUUGCAAGGUCAUUCCUUUGGUGGCGAGGAAGAUGACUUCGUUGGCAACGAUGAAGUUGAAGGUGAUGGCGGUGACAUUGAUGGGCAAAACUCUGACAAGCGGGGAGGAAUCAAGCGUGAAAACAAGCGGGGAGUCAAAGAUGGUGCUGCGAAAAACAAGAAGCAAAACAUCCCCUGGACCUUGGAUGAGAGGAUCGCGCUGUCCAGAAUGAUGGCCGAGGAUGAAGCCCUUAUGGCCGACGCCAACGGGCAGCAUCAGUUCAAGAGGAGUAAGGACCGAUAUAAGUGGGUGCACGAUCGGAUGGCGGAGCAGGGGUUUCCGCACAGGUCGGCGGAGGAUUGUCGUAAGAAGUGGCAGGGCAUGCUGGCGGCAGCGAAGUUGAUUCUCGACAAGUGUGAGAAUGCUUCGGGGAAACCUUCGUACUGGGACAUGACCCUUGAGGAGCGGAAGGCGGAGCAGGUGCCACUAGGCUUUGAGAAAGCUUUGUGGGAAGUGAUGGAGUGGAAACUCAAUCGGCCAUCCAUCAAGUGUGACAAGACGCUGGCGUCCGAGAACCUGCCAGGUAACACAGGGGGGGGAUUCAACGAGCACCGGUCCAGCACAACCGUCAUCAGGGAGGAGUGCUUCCGACGACAAAGCAACGGAGGAAUCAGACCAAGCAGCGAAGACCCGGAGGACGAAUACCGGCAAAACCAGGAUGGACGACACGAUCAACGGUGGGACAGCAUUGGGUAGGGCGAUGGAGGACGCGACACGGUCGUACGACGAGGGUUUGGAUAAGGACGCUGCCACUCUGGC